AUGUCCGAUCCCGUCGCAGCUACUGACCCUAUUGUCCCUCUUCACGGCCGUUCUAACUACAAGACCUGGGCUCAAGAGUUCGAGAUCGCCGCCCGACGCCACGGCUUCUGGAACCUCUAUACGGGCACAGAACAGAUCAAGCACGUCCCUAACCCGUCCCUCUACCAGGCCGAAGUGGCCAAGGCAAAGUCCGGAUUCUGGUGGAAAUACUGGCAGGAACAAUACGAGUCCGACGUCUGGGAAUGGGAGGAACAGUGCCGCAAGAUCGACAACGCCAUGACAUUCCUGCUCGAGAACAUCCAUCCCCGCGCCCGGGCCGUGGUUCAACAACGUACAUAUGGGCUGGCACUCACUCGCGCACACGCCAGCCCAGGCAGGCCCCCAAGCGAGACAUGGCGUGCGAUACGCAAUCUGUACGACGGGGAAGUUCCGCCUGCUGUUGCGACUCCCACGUUGAAUCCCACUCCCGCUCCCGUUCCAAAUCCCACUCCUGCUCCCGUUCCAAAUCCCACUCCCGCUCCAAAUCCACCUCCCAUGACCCUAGAAAUCGCCCUCCGCAACAUGAACGACCUACAUCUCCAACACUGCGCCUCGAUGCGCGACUUUUUCCACCGCCUGCAGGUGCUCCGAGAGGACCUACGGGCAGUGGGGACAGAGUACUCGGACGAGCAGUGCAAGGUGAAGAUCCUGAUGAGUCUGACGCCGCGGUACGCACCGCCUGUGAUUGCCGAGUUGACGCUCAAGGCGCUGGCGGGGAUGACGUUGGGGGAGGGGGUUGAGUACUUUCUGGCGUGGGAGGAGGAGAUGGGGGUUGAGAUGGCACCUGCUCGUCGGGUGCGGCGAACUUGA